GCAACAGAGCGGGUAUCAACCGAGCAGACCUUACGACAGACAACAAGCUGGCCAGGUACAACAGCUAUCCACUCAGGAGAAACAUGAUUCACAAUUUUGUUAUGACUUCAGUAAUUCUUAUUGACUGUGGAAAGUCUAGUGGAAUGGAUUUUGAUAAAUCUCAAUCUCAUAAUCAACAACAAGACUUUUUUUUCUUAAUUUAGACCUAUUUUAAUGUGAAUCAUUCUCACUGGAUUCAUCACCUUCGAAUUUUGUAUACUCAGAAGAUGGCUGUCAGUAAAGUACAAAAACCGCCAAGUCUUUUCGAGAAUCUGGCAUGCGCUGGUACUGCUGCGUGUAUCGCAGAUUGUAUGACAUUCCCACUGGACACUGCAAAGGUCCUACUGCAGGUGCAGGGUGAGAAAUCGGGCUUAACGAGUAGUGGGAUGUCGAAGUACCGUGGUGUGUUCGGAACAAUCCGCGUGGUUGCUCGAGAGGACGGGGUACGAAGACUAUAUAAAGGUCUUGUUCCCGGGUUACAAAGACAGAUGUGUUUCUCAUCGAUUCGGAUUGGAAGCUAUGAUGAGGUUAAGAAGCAGUACAAGAUUCUAAUCUACAGCGAUACCCACAAAAAAGACAAUUUCUUCAUUCGCAUCGCUUCCGCUAUCACGACCGGCACCGUGUGUGUAUGGAUUGCUCAACCAACGGAUGUGGUCAAAGUACGAAUGCAAGCCCAGAAUAGGGGCGUUCCGAAUAGAUAUUCGGGAUGUAUGGAUGCAUAUAGGACAAUAGCCAGACAAGAGGGCAUCCGACAUGGUUUGUGGAGAGGUUUGGUGCCAAAUAUGGCUCGAACAAGUAUCAUUAAUGUUGGAGAAAUUGUCACAUACGACGUUUUAAAAACUGCCAUUUUAUCGAGAAACCUGCUAUCAGACAAUUUCCCGUGCCACUUUGUUGCGGCGUUCGGGGCAGGCUUCUGUGCCACUGUCAUCGCUAAUCCAGUCGACGUCAUAAAGACGCGUUUUAUGAACGCAGAAGAGGGGCGCUACAAGGGAGUGAUAGAUUGUGCCAUAAAAGUAUUCAACGAAGAUGGAUUCCGAACAUUCUAUAAAGGGUUCACCCCAUCUUUCGUGAGACUUGGGUCUUGGAAUGUGGCUACUUUUGUUUGCUAUGAGCAGAUAAAACGCCUAGUAACGGAUCCACCAACCGCAAUUCGGGUUCCUAAGUUGGCAAAGGCACAUUGUGACGUCAUCGAAAAAAGAGAUUAACUUUUCACCAGCCAUUCAACCAUCUAUGGUAACCUGUUCUCGAAGUGAUGGACACUCCAUUCAUUGUUCCACGAUCGGAAGCAAAGGAUUUGUUAACAUACCUGACUAUUGUUAAGAUAGUCGGUACUGUAUCUUGAAAGAUAUGGACCAUGUUAACAGAACACAGUGUAACGGUUUCAGUAUAAAAAAGAUGCUUGUGACGUCACAGACAUGUAUUUACAUGUGGUACUAAUUAUAUAUUAUGCUGUAAACACAUUGCUUCUCAUACGAUGUACACACCAAACUAUGUAUUGCGGAGGUGUUACAAACUGACGAUUGAGACACUACGAGAUCUCGUUAUACCAGAUUCUAAGUACUUGUUACUAUGGUUUUACACACCGACGACCUCGUUACUGUGAAAUCUCGUUAUACCGGAUUUAAAGUACUUUUUACUGAGGUUUUACACAGCGACGACCUCGUUACUGCGAAUCUCGUUAUACCGGAUUUUAAGUACUUUUUACUGAGGUUUUACACAGCGACGACCUCGUUACUGUGAAAUCUCGUUAUACCGGAUUUUAAGUACUUUUUACUGAGGUUUUACACAGCGACGACCUCGUUACUGCGAAUCUCGUUAUACCGGAUUUUAAGUACUUUUUACUGAGGUUUUACAAACCGAUGGCCUUGUUACUACGGAAUCUCAUUAUACCGGUUUAUAAGGACAUGUUAUCAGGUUAUUAAAACUGACGUUCUCGUUACUACAGAAUCUCAUUAUACCGGAUAACAUGUUGGACAAUGCAAUCAACCAUGAAAAAAUAAUAGACGUUGUUAUUGAUUGCAAUUUAAACAUAUUGUUAUUAUUGUAACAAAUAAUACACCAGUCUCGGUGAUACUGACUGAGUUAUAUCAGUAGUACUGAUGCUAUAGUGCUAAUGUGUAUUCGAACUAUAAGUUCUCUAUAUAAUAUGUACGGUGUAUAGUUAUAACAUGCGUAGAUUAUCAUCCUAAUGGUAUUGUUAAAACAUACAAUAUGUAAGUACACCGUAUGUAAUACAUUGUAUAUAAUCCAUUCAUUAAUGUUCGUAAUUAAUUGGCAAUGCUACAAUAAUUAAUCACGUUGUAAACCGGAAUAAGAUACGUAGGGUAUUUAGUACCGGUUCAUAGAAAUUUUAUCAUAUACAAAUGUGCCUUCUUGCAUUUGUAACAUAUAUAUACAUACAAUGUAUGCUAUCAUCGGGUUGUAUAUAAAUGACUGCGUGUCAAAUAUAUAUAUAAUAUAUAUAUUUAUUAGAAAUAAAAUUUCCGGAUUAAGGAAGUAUCACUGUAUACAUCUCGUUAAUUUGCUAAUAUUUCCUCUCCACUUCGAUACAGGAACAGGGUUCCUGAUUUAUAAAGAAAAUGAACUAUUCCAAUAUAAUCACUCAUGUGUCGUACCAGAUAACAAAUAGUCAAAGCCAUUUUUUCUAUUCAUGUGUCCGCGCCUUGGACUCGUUGUCUAAUGAAUGUUAAUUAGACAUGGUGCUCAGUACUAGGAAUAACAGAAUAUUUCAUUCACUUGAGGGCAAGAUAGAAGGAUCUCUAUCCGAUUGGGAAGACAUUUUUAGUUGGCAGACAUAAGGCUUGUCAAGUGUUUGUAACAUAAUACCCUCAUAGAAAGUAGAUAUCCUCUAUCUUAUCCACAAGGAGAUAACCCUAUUUCACCCACAAGGGGAUAACCCUAUUUCAUCCACAAGGGGAUAAAUGAUCAUUUUCCCCUUUUUUCUGCAACUCUUCUCUUCUUAUGUCUCAAGACAUGACAAAUUUUACGUAAUGUCAGUGUUAUGAAAGGGGAACCCCCGUCUCAUCCCUUGUGUGAGAAAAGGAGUUCUCACGAUAAAAUUUGGAUAUGCUUGUUCAGAAAUAUACAAUGCAUACUUGAUCACAUGUAAAUCCCUGUGCCUAGAUAACAUCACACCCAACGAUGUCCUGUGUUCAGCCACAGAGUUAUGUUCUAUUACAAAUCCCUCAGGUCACGUGCAAGUAAUUAAGUACGUUACUCGUAUCUGAACAUUCUAAUACCAAUCUAAGCAUUAGAAUGUCCUGAAAACUCAGUGAAUCAUACAUGUAUCUAAGACUACUGCAGAAAGCAUUGCUAGUCCAAGAUAAACACUAAUUCUAACAUUCCAUUAACAAGACCCUGUGUCAAUACUACCUGAUCCAAGUAAACUCAUAUUUCUAAACUCUUUCACACUGUUCCUGUGUUUCUAAUAAACGAGGAAACUAUUUGACACGGGUAACAUUUUGUCAUUGUAAAUAUACAACCAUCUGUAGUAUCUCAUUAUUACGUUUUGUCUGUAAAGCUUUCUCGAUCACCAAUGUCUUUCAAUAAAUCCAUGUUUAAUAUAUGUUAUAUUGUGUAGAUCCUCCCCCUCCUUAUCGUCUCAGUAAUAGUUGUAUUCAUUCGUUUUUUCAAUGUUUUGUUAUGUUUAUUAAUUAGUACUUUAAAGUUGUUAGUAGAUACUGUAAUUCAUGGUGUCCAUUAGAUAAUUGGUUGUAUUAUUGUUACAGACAUUUGUAUUGAAUAUCGUUGUUUUCCUGUAGUGUCCGGACAACAGUAAAACCUCAUUGUAUAAUAAUCUCAAUUAUCACGUACUUAUCGCCAAUAAAUAUUAUUAAUAUUACA